AGGGUGCUGCUGUGGGCAUCCCUUGUGGGAUGAUGGGACCUGUCCCUUGAGAGGAUAAGGAAGCUUGAGAAAGAACUCACACUGGAUGAAAGUCAUUUUCUGAAGCUGGGUAUAUUCCAGGAACUGUAACCCAAAUGUUUCUCUGUCCGUGGAGAAGAGUUCACAUUUGAAGUAACUUCUGCUGAAGAUAGUUCUGUCCCAUCACCAUGUUCUGGAAGUUUGAUUUGAACACGACGUCGCAUGUGGACAAGCUGCUGGACAAGGAAGAUGUGACACUGCAGGAGCUGAUGGAUGAAGAUGACAUCUUACAGGAGUGCAAGGCUCAGAACAGGAAGCUGCUGGACUUCCUCUGCCAGCAGCACUGCAUGGAGGAGUUGGUCACCCUCAUCACCCAUGAGCCCCCCCUGGACAUGGACGAGAAGGUUCGCUUCAAAUACCCCAACACAGCCUGUGAACUGCUGACCUCCGAUGUGCCGCAGAUCAACGACAAGCUGGGAGGGGAUGAGACUCUGCUCAACAUCCUCUAUGACUUCCUGGAUCACGAGCCUCCUCUGAACCCUUUGCUUGCCAGUUUCUUCAGUAAGACUAUUGGGAAUCUCAUUGCCAGGAAAACGGAACAGGUGAUUGCGUUUUUAAGGAAAAAAGAGAAAUUCAUUAGCCUGGUGCUAAAGCAUAUAGACACAUCAGCAAUGAUGGACCUGCUGCUUCGUCUGAUCAGCUGCGUGGAGCCCGCCACGCUCCGGCAGGAAGUGCUGAAUUGGCUUAAUGAAGCAAAGAUCAUUCAGAGACUUGUGGAACUGAUCCAUUCAAGCCAAGAUGAGGACAGGCAAUCCAAUGCUUCCCAGACCCUGUGUGAUAUCAUCAGACUGAGCAGAGACCAGAGCAAUCAACUCCAGGACAUACCUGAGCCUGAUCCACUUCUCACAGCACUGGAAUCGCAGGAGUGUGUGGAGCAGCUCCUGAGGAACAUGUUUGAUGGAGAACAGACUGAAAACUGCAUUGUGAAUGGAACCCAGGUUCUUCUGACACUGCUGGAAUCCCGGCGCUCCGGAGUGGAAGGACUGAUGGACUCAUACACUCAGGGAUUUGAAAGGUCUUACACUGUCAAUAGCAGCAUCUUACAUGGUAUUGAACCAAGGCUAAAGGAUUUCCACCAGCUGCUGCUCAGUCCUCCCAAGAAAACAGCAAUCCUAACUACAAUUGGUGUCCUGGAGGAGCCCCUCGGGAACGCUCGUCUUCACGGAUCUCGUCUCAUAGCUGCUCUGCUUCACACAAACACUCCCAGUAUUAAUCAGGAACUAUGCAGACUCAGUACUAUGAAUUUAUUACUUGAUUUAUUUUUUAAAUACACGUGGAAUAACUUUUUGCAUUUCCAAGUGGAAUUGUCCAUAGCAGCUAUUCUCUCCCACUCUGUACAAGAGGUAAAAACUACUACUAAUGACACAGAAAACAAAGAAGAGGUGCUGAAUGGAAACGUGGCCACAGAGAAUGUAGAGACUCCAGAAAACAAUACUGAGAAUAUCAUGGUUACUCAUCUGUUCCAGAAGUGCUGCCUGGUGCAAAGGAUACUGGAUGCCUGGGAAGCCAAUGACAAAAUCCAGGCAGAAGGUGGCAUGAGGAGAGGCAACAUGGGCCACCUCACCCGGAUAGCCAAUGCUGUAGUACAGAACAUGGAGAAGGGCCCCAUGCAGACUCAGAUCAGUGAGUUCAUUAAAGAGCUACCUGAAGAUUGCAGGGGGAGGUGGGAGAGUUUUGUGGAGGAGACCCUGACAGAAACAAACCGGAGGAACACGGUGGAUUUGGUCAGCACUCAUCAUCUGCAUUCUUCCAGUGAGGAUGAAGACAUUGAGAGUGCUUUUCCCAAUGAACUUUCUCUCCAGCAGGCUUUCUCCGAGUACCAGAUCCAGCAGAUGACAGCAAACUUUGUGGAUCAGUUUGGCUUUAAUGAUGAAGAGUUUGCAGACCAGGAUGAUAAUAUCAAUGCUCCCUUUGACAGGAUUGCAGAGAUCAACUUCAACAUCGAUGCUGAUGAUGACAGUCCCAAUGCUUCCCUCUUUGAAGCCUGCUGCAACGAGAGGAUCCAGCAGUUCGAUGACAAUGAGGAGGAAGAAGAUAUCUGGGAAGAGAAGGAGAUCACCUAUGCAACCCAAGUGAAAUCAAGAACACGAUUUGGAGCGUCUCAGACCUCAGAGAGUUCUUCCAAAAGUGAUCUUGAGAAUGGGGAUCAUGAUGGCAGCGUGGACUCUGAAGAAGAGGAGGAAACGGAGCAGCAGCCGCCUCCUUCCUCAGCAAGCAAGAGUAAUACCCCUGAGCAGAAAGACUCUGACUCCUCUGAAGGGGCUGGGUGGACAGCUGUGUUUGAGCCCGUCAGCUCCAAGCCCCCCACGCCCUGUGUUGCCAUGGAUGUUGGAUCAAGUGUCUGGGAUUCAGCAGCCCCAGAGAACCCCACGCCAGAGGAGAAAGGAUGGGCAAAGUUUACAGACUUCCAGCCCUUCUGCUGCUCAGAGUCAGGCCCACGGUGCAGUUCUCCAGCUGACACAGAAAGCAACGUUUCAGAUGGAAGCUCAAAGCAGAGUCAAGACAAAAACUCCAGCACUGCCUCUCCCUGCGUCUGGAAUGUCUGUGUCACCAGGAAGGCCCCACUGGUGGCCUCAGACAGCAGCUCCUCGGGGGGCUCCGACAGCGAGGAGGAGGAGGAGAAGGCUGAUACUGUCACAGAAACCAUCAGCACAGGCUCGGGCCAGGAAACCAUCAAGCUGACCAUGGAUGCUAAGAAGGAGAAAGCUGUUUUCACCAGAGUAUUUAGACCUGCAGUCAGAGGGUACGUAUGGCUGUGA